UCUUUGUCCUUCAGUGCGAGUGGGAUCGGAUCGGUUUGUUACUAGCCUACUUCGGUAUUUACCGUCAGCCAAACAAACGCAACGCGCGCAAACAAACACAGACAAGGCGCGCGGUGUCGGUUUUUUUUUCUUUAUCGCAAGGAAUCAAUCACUUUCUUGCCAUUGUUUGAUAGCGUGAAACUCCAGCUGUUCGUCGAGAGCCGUCGGUUUCGUUCUGGUGUGGGAAGUGACUCGUCUUCAUUAGUCCACUGGACGGCAGUCAGAGUGGACGUUCUUGGAAGCGGAUUUCCCCCCCUCCGGCAGUUAUUAGAUACGGUUAGUCGCCGGUCGUGGUGUUAUUUUUUUUUGUUGUUUCCAUUCAUUCAUUCGUUUCAAACAGUGAUCUUCUUUGAAGAUGAAAUAGUGCGUGGCCGGUAUUGGACGUGUGAGACUUUAAGUUUUCCGCCAACCAGACUGUGAUUCGUAUUCGGAAAGUACAGGCCGCCGUGUGGAAACGUAAUACAACGAGUGACACAACCGCGAAAAACCGACGACGACGAGAUGGAUAUAUUGCAACAAGAUGUGCGGGCAAUAGCCCUGACGACGAUCAGCUCGGACCAACACGGACCGGUUUAUAAUGCAACGACCGUGCCCUUGCAUCGGAAGGACUCGCGAAAUCUGGAAUCUGCAAUAGUGUUGAAUAAUACCGGCAAUGGUCAUAACAACAACCAUGGCCUGUACCAGUCCCACAACGAUAUCGAGUUUCACGGAAUUCGUCCGUUCCAGAACUUGCCCGCCUGCGAACCGGUGGACAUUCAGUUCAAGGAUGUGUCGUACUGCGUGAGCAUGGGAUUCCGAAAAGGCCAGAAGGAGAUCCUGCACAAAGUGAACGGAAAGUUUCCGGGAUCACAGCUGAUCGCAAUUAUGGGCCCAUCGGGAGCCGGUAAGUCAACCCUGCUGGAUGUGCUGUCCGGAUACCGGCGGACCGGUGUCGACGGAGCGGUGUACGUAAACGGACGAAUUCGGAAUCUGAACAGCUUCCGACGGAUGACGUGCUACAUCACGCAAGCGGACCAGCUGCAAACGCUGCUGACGGUGCUGGAGAACAUGAGGAUUGCCGCGGAUCUGAAGCUUGGGGAGGACGUGUCCCGGCACGAGAAGGAAUCGCUGAUUGAAGAUAUCCUCACCGUUCUGGGGCUGUACGAACAUCAGAAUACGAUCACGAGCCGUUUGUCGGGUGGCCAGAAGAAACGUCUCUCGAUCGCUUUGGAGCUGAUCAACAAUCCGACAAUUAUGUUCCUCGACGAACCGACUACUGGAUUAGACAGCUUUUCCUGUAAUCAAGUGGUGGAAUUGUUGAAGCAGCUAGCCAAGCAAGGACGCACCAUCAUCUGCACCAUUCAUCAGCCAUCGGCGAAACUGUUCCACGAGUUCGAUCAGGUCUACGUCCUGUCAAGUGGUGAAUGCAUGUACCAGGGCAGUACCAGCAGUUUGGUUCCGUUCCUACAGUCCGUGGAUAUGCCUUGUCCGGUGUAUCACAAUCCCGCCGAUUACGUUAUUGAACUGGCUUGCGGGGAACAUGGAAUGGACAAAAUCCAAACGAUGGUGAUGGAGAUGGGCAACGGCGAGAGUACGGACUGGUUCGGGGAUAAGCGACGGGUUCUAAAGCUGGAACAAUUACGGAAGAAGUACCCACUGAAGAAGGUCAUCGAACAGAGCGAUAAACUGCAUGCGACCUCGCAGUGGCACCAACUGGAGGUGUUGAUCAAACGGGGGAUCAUCAAAGCAAAGAGGGACUCCACGCUGACGCAUCUGAGGAUAUGGGUGAACAUUCUGAUCGCUGGAAUGCUCGGAUUUUUGUUCAUCGACGCUGGAAACGAAGGAUCGAGGGUUCUGGAUAAUUACAAUUUGCUAUUUUCUAUUCUGAUGCACCACAUGAUGGCGACCAUGAUGUUGACAGUUCUGACAUUCCCGACCGAGAUGGGAGUUAUUCUGAAGGAACACUUCAAUCGAUGGUACACGCUUAAAAGUUACUACCUCUCGGUCAACAUAAUCGAUCUUCCUCUUUCGUUUUCCUGUUGUCUGAUGUUCACUUGUAUAAUUUAUUUCAUGAGUGCUCAGCCUAUGGAACUAUUCCGGUUCGGUAUGUUCUUCGCGAUCAGCUUCCUGAUAGUUUUGAUAGCCCAAAGCAUUGGUCUUGCCAUCGGUGCCUGGUUUAACGUUGUGAACGGAACAUUCCUCGGACCGGUGUUGUCCAUCCCGAUGAUGAUGUUUGCCGGCUUCGGAGUGACACUGCGUGAUCUGCCCGGCUAUCUUAAGUGGGGAACUCACAUCUCCUAUCUGCGGUACGGUCUGGAAGGUUACGUGAAUGCGAUCUACGGCGAGGGUCGUGCCACGAUGGACUGCGAACUGAAACCGUACUGCCAUUAUAGGUACCCAGCAAAGUUCCUUUCGGAGAUCGCAAUGGAAGACGAUCAGUUCUGGAAGGAUAUAUACGCACUUUCGAUCACUCUGGUUCUGACGCGAGUUCUCUGUUACUUCAUGCUACGCUGGAAGGUCAUGGCUGUUCGGUAAGAAGUCUGGAUCCGUACCGAUGAUCUUUUCCUCGCCAAGCGAUUCCACCAAAAAGACUAAUCCUAGUUGCUGGGAGUCUUACAACAGUUGAUAUUCGUAAUACCGUUCAGCGUUCUGCGUGAGAAUGCACUUGAUUCGUUAGUAAAUACGGGAGCUGAAACAAAAACCAAUUGCCAAAUAUCGAAAACUGUAUCAACUCGAGUGUAUUGUGUAAAUAACCGUUUCUCUUCCGAGUUAUGCUAGUGAUAUUUAUUUUCAAUAAGUAAAUUUAUAUUGAACAAAAAAUUUUUAAUGUUACGUGGAAUGUAGAAUCAUAAGUAAUUCGACAAAUAAAUCCUAUUUUAC